GAUCAUGUGACUGAGAUGAUUUGUACAAAAUGGCGGAUGAGUAGAAAAGAAAGUAAAAACCAAAUUUCCAUAAAUGUCUCACAAUUAACAAUAAGAUGAAAACGAAGACCACAAAAUUUAUUUUAUAUUGUUGUAAAUAUGGCGAAUGACUUUAAAACCUCAAGUAGAAGCGCAAAAUUUCCCGAUGAAGAAAGUCGACUAAUGUCUGAAAGAGAAAGUGAACCAUCAGGAAGUAUUAAUAAUACAAAACGUGUACGCAAUGAACUACAACUAAAUGUCGCUAGUGUUUGUUCGGCAAUAGGACCAGAAAAGUCAGAUUUGACAAGAACUAAACUUACGAAAUUUGAUAUGCCGCAUAAACAAGGAAACGAUGAUACACAAACGUCUAAUUACCUUGAUUUUCAGUGUGAACCAUUUACACAGACAGCAGAACCUGAGCAUGGGGAAAUUGUUUUCGGCCAUCAUACCAAUAGAUCUAAAACCAAUGAAGGCUAUAUGAGUGAAGCAGCCACCAAAUCUGUUUCAAAAUCAUCACAAAAUACAAAUAUUUAUUGUGAAGACUGCCAGAAAUUAGGUCCAAAAUCUCUAGAUACAGAUAGUAUCAUGUCUGAGUCUAAUAUACCAUGUGACUGCAGUUUGGUAAGCACAAGUGGACACAAAAGUUUACCAAUAUUUCCAUCCCAAGACAGAUUGAAUGGAAUAUUGACGCCAAAUAACAUAUAUUUAAAGAAACAUAAAAGCAUACCAUACCUGCAUUCAGCACUUUUAAAGCAGAAUGACAACGUAAAAUUAAAAGAUGUUGAACAAAGCGAAAAAGUUAAAAAUAAAAUUAUGUCUGUUUGGAAUAAUGUUAGAUAUGGUUGGACACUAAAAACCAAGACAAACUUUGGAAAAGACAGCCCAAUAUUUUUGCUUGGAUGCUGCUAUCAUAAACGACCUGAGGAUGAUGAACCAGAGCCGGGAGAAGUAAGUCACUGUCCACCAAGCAUGGAACUGUUCAAGCAAGACUUUCAGAGUCGUCUUUGGUUUACUUAUCGGCGAGGAUUUCAGAUGUUACACCAAACAAAGUUUACAACAGAUUGUGGCUGGGGAUGUAUGUUACGGAGCAGUCAGAUGAUGUUAGCUCAAGCGUUGAUUUGCCAUUUUCUCGGCAGAGACUGGAGGGUGCAUAAUCAAACCAAAGAGCAAGAAACAUUUUAUCGUCAAAUUAUUAAAUGGUUUGGUGACUCACUAAGUGACCAGUGUCCAUUUUCUUUGCAUCAUUUGGUAGAGUAUGGAAAGGUGUAUGGGAAACAAGCAGGAGAGUGGUAUGGGCCAUCAUCUGUUUCUUAUAUCAUCAGAGAUGCUGUGGUCAAGGCUUCAUUUUCACAGCCAGUUCUGAAAGAUCUGUGUAUAUACGUUGCCCAAGAUUGCACUGUGUAUAAACAAGAUAUUAUUGAGAUGUGCUGUUCAAGACCGAGGAAUUUGACCAGCAGUGAUGACAGCAAUAUAAUAGGCAAUGCUUGUUCUAGUCAUACUAAUAAUAGUGAAUGGAAAAGAUCUGUGAUCAUUCUGAUACCAGUACGACUUGGUGGUGAAGAAUUUAAUCCCAUUUACUCACCGUGCUUAAAAAAUCUGAUGGCAGUAGAGUCAUGUAUAGGAAUCAUUGGCGGGAAGCCAAAACAUUCAUUGUAUUUCAUUGGCUGGCAAGAGGAUAAACUGAUUUACCUGGAUCCACAUUUUUGUCAAGAUCAUGUAGAUACAUUGCAGAGGGACUUCAAGAUUGAGUCAUUCCAUUGCUUUUCACCAAGGAAAGUAUCGUUGGGCAAAAUGGAUCCCAGUGCAUGUGUGGGUUUUUACUGCAGGACCAAACAAGAUUUUCAGAGUUUUGUGGAGCAUACAGAAGAGAUGGUAACACCAAGUAGAGGCAGCGGAUUAUAUCCAAUGUUUGUAUUUAAUGAAGGAAAGGGAAGUGAUAUGAAUAUACAGGACUUGAGCCUCAGUGAGGAAAAGUAUGUGCGUGUUAAACAUGCUACAAUAGAUGAAAGUGGAAAAAUUAGGUCAUCAACAAUAGACUCGGAGGAAUUUGUUGUUUUAUAACUCUGGUAUGAAAUCAUCUUCAAA